GACAGAAUAAACAACUCUCCAUAUAAAGUCAUCAAGGAAAUUGCAAAUCAUUUGGAGGUUGUUUCCACAUAAAUUAGCAGAGGAACAAAUUUGGCAAGCUGUCAAAGAGAUAGCAUUGCGAUUAUUUUGAGGGUCAGGUCACUCUGAUUCGAGGUUUUAUCUCUGUAUAUAUAUCAGAGUCAAAAAUUGAAGCCUCAUCACUCUCUGUGAAUAUCUUCACCAUGAAGUUUCUUUCGGUAGUGUUUCUGCUAGCCGGCCUUACAGCCAUCAACUCCUCAGACGAGGAAAAUCCUCCUUCACGUUCGGUACCCAGUCCGGACAUCUUUCAAGAUGAUGAUUCUGACGCCACUGUGGAAAACCUCGACCUUAAUCAAUGGAGACGUAAUGAAAUAAUACAUUUAUUGCUUCCAUUCAACCACAACAGCACCGGGGAAGUAUAUUUCACCAACAUCAGAGGAGAUUUGCUAUCAUAUAGACGGCAAUUGAAUGAUAACACUACCCUCAAUUUAUUUCCUCUAGAAGGGUUUGCUCACAUUUCCCAGCGCCGUGCCAACGUAGAAAUUCAUAACAUGAGGAGGUACAGUUAUCCAACCCCUGAAACUGGGAUUUACCCCUAUGUCAGAGUUGCAACUGUUAACUCCAUUGAGUGGACUCUAACUACACUGAUGAGAGGUGGUGAACCAAUUGACCAAGAACACCUUCAGUUAUGGCAAGGAGAUGUGACAUCCAACCAUACCGUAACUGAAACCUCGGAGUAUUUAGAGUCCGAAGUGCGGCGAACGCAGAUGGAACACAUCAUUAUGCUUGAGCCUGCACUUCUGAUGAAUAAUGACUCCCAUUUCACAAAUACAAGAGGAAAUAUCCUCAUAUAUUUAGCCAGAACAGCUCCACUGCCUCCAAUCGGCUAUCAUCAGAUAACCUAUUCAGAGGCAGCAGACCGUUUUGUUCAAAUAUUAAGAUCUGUGAGUGGGGGUCAUUUAACCAUAGAAUUCAGCAGCACCUAUGAAGAUUACUACAGAAGGCCACGUGAUCCAUUUUGGAUACUCAUCACACAUGAGGUAAGACUAGUAUCAAUGUUCACUAUUAAAUAGUACAGUAGUAUGAUUUAGUACCAUGUAAAAUAUUUAUUGCAUAAUUUACAUCAUUUUGUUUUUCAGAAUAACGGCAGAAUUCCUGAAGGAACACGCUGGUUGUAUUACAAUUCGACCGGCGAAGGGUCCUACAUUUCCCAUGUAUUUAGAGGGACCCCCGGACUUCUUAGUCGGAUCGAAGAACAACACAAUCAGCACCUGAUGGAUGCCGUUUCAGGCCUUCGACCAGUACCUUCUGAACCUGUUGCUGGACCAUCCAGAAGGAUAAAUCCCACGGUAAGAAUAAUAUAAGUUUAGAAUAAAUCUUUAGCAUCUAUAAUAUAUGUAUAUUAGAAUAUUGAUAUAUUUUACAUUUUUUAGCCCGUGGAUGACUUCGACCCGUCACAGGCACAGGGGAACGAGCUUCUCUCUGACGAAGUACUACCAUCUUCACCUCGUAGUCCUUCGCCAGAGACCUCUUCUUCCCAUACACUGCUAGAGCCCCAUCCUCUCUGCCGGAGCUGCCAACGGGAAGAAAGAAUCCUACGUCAAAGAAUGGAGUUUUUUCUAAGGGUGGGUUUUCAUCGCCUAAUUUUAUUUCUCUUACCCAACCAUAACUAGAGACAUCAACAAAAAAAUAAAACUUGAUUUGUUUUCAGGAUAUCGAUGCCGACAGUGGUGACAGAGCUUCGUGGAGAGCUAUCGGCCACCUCAACACCACUAGGACAGAACUAAGGGAGGUGUUGACAUUGGCAGAUUCCGCAAUUGGAAUGGCCAGCCGAGCAGAGAUGGCAGAAGUUGCUCCAGUCAUCUGGAACGAGAUCCGGACGUCCUUGGAGCGGAUCCUCGUGAUGACAGGACAACAGAUGGACGAUAACAUCAUUCGAGGUCAAGAAACCCCAACCGAACCUCAACGGACCAUCACCUGCCAGAUCUGUCAGGAUGCUCUCCCAACGAUUGUGAUUCAGCCUUGUCACCAUACCCUUUGCCCGGCAUGCGCUAUUCGAUUAUACGUUUGCCCGUUCUGUCGAAAGACAGUAACGGGCAGAAAAAGACUCUAUUAUGACGGAUGAGUUCAAUUACUAAAACAUAGAGUAAACUUUAAAUCAAAUUUCAUUAUCUUUUCUCAUACCAUAUAUUCCAUUAAUCACAAUUUUACAUUUUUUUAGAUUUAUAAUUUUAUGUU